AUGAUGACUAGAUCGGAGGAUGACGACUGCCUGAUCCUCGCGAGCGAUGGCUUGUGGGAUGUCAUCAAGAACCAGAUCGCCUGCAAUGCCGUGAGGAAUUGCCUAGAAUUUGAAAACAAGAAUAACCAAGGUGCUCCUAGAGAGGGUGCACUGAUAGGACAAGAGGAAGAGGUUGGCUGCAACAAUGCUGCAACCCUCCUAAAGAACAUGGCAAUCUGCAAGCAUAGCCAGGAUGACAUUAGUGUUGUUGUACUUGAUCUGAAAGCGAGAGGUUUGGUGUUUGCAGUUAGCACUCAAGCAAACAAAUUUGCAUGUGUGUUACACCCACCAGCGCUCUGGUAUUACCUGGCUUAG